AUGUUGAUCAGUUCGCGGUGUAAAAGCGGAUUUUUGUGUUUCUUACCUCUUUUAUUUAUCGUUCUUUCAUCUGUCAAUGGCCAGUUGGUGGACGAAAUUGCCACCAGAAAGAAUGGUCAAGAAAACAAAGUAAACUCAAUUAGAGUGAAUAAGAUUGUGUCAAGUGAUAGCAUCGAGCAGGCAGGUGAUAACGAUAGAGUAGCUUUAAGUAAACAAUACACGAGUUUGAAUAACAAAUAUGUGACGCAGUCUGCGGAGACGUCGGGUCCGAGCGUUGGAUUAUACAUCGGAUCGAAGAAAAGUAAGUAA